CUUGUAGUUUCCGAUGGAUCCGACUGUAGUACCGAGUAACUGGGAUUGGUCAUUUUACAAUCUGAGUAUGUCACAUCGGAUUGACGAAGGGUACGAAGGGAACGAAGGGUAAUUAAGAAGACACAAGGGCGAUCUCGGACUAAAGCUCAACGUUUCAAAACUCCUGAACUUACACCAGAACAAGAGCAAUGAGUUCGAACGAGCACUCGCUUCAAGCUUUGUCAUGGAGAAAACUUUACUUGAGUCGAGCUAAACUUAAAGCGACCAGCAGGACCUCUGCUCUGCUCUCCGGCUUUGCUAUGGUGGCGAUGGUGGAGGUCCAGCUAGAGAAUGAUCACGAAUACCCUCCUGGCUUAUUGAUUGCUUUCAGUGCCUGCACAACAGUGCUGGUGGCGGUCCAUCUCUUUGCCUUGAUGAUCAGCACAUGUAUCCUGCCCAACCUGGAGGCCGUAAGCAACGUCCACAACCUCAACUCCAUAAAGGAAUCGCCACACGAACGGAUGCACCGCCACAUCGAGCUGGCCUGGGCCUUCUCCACCGUCAUAGGCACCCUUCUCUUUCUCGCAGAGGUGGUUCUUCUCUGCUGGGUGAAGUUUCUCCCUCUGAAGAAUAAAAAUAAAACACCUACCCCCAAUGUCACUGAAUCUCCGGGUAUAAGCCCAGGGGAAGCAGCAGCAAUAGCCUCUACCUCCAUCAUGGUGCCUUUUGGCUUGGUGUUCAUUGUUUUUGCCGUGCAUUUCUACCGUUCGCUGGUCAGCCACAAAACGGAGCGGCAGCACCAGGAGUUGGAGGUUCUGAGCAAAAUCACACAGAUGCAAAACCAACUGGAUCACAGAGGAGAGGCAUCCAACCUGUCCUCUUCAGCACAUUUUGCUUAGUUGAUGCACUUAGAUGAGCCCUUGUUCUCAUGCCAAAUAUAAACAUGGACUGUUGUCAUUAAUAGACAUUAGAUGGGAAUCAGGGAUUCUGCAAUAUGAUAGUAUCACUGUAUGGUGAUGCCUUAUGUUUUUCUUGUUAGUUUCUUUUAGUGUACAUACAAGCAUUUAUAUAGAUGGGGGAAUUUUAAACUGUGCCGCCACGCUGUUUUAACCGGUAUUUCAGUGAUCUGUUUGCACACAAAUAAGAGAAAAUAUUCAGUUUAAAAAAAAAAAAAAAGAUUUUGUAACAAUUACAAAUAUGUUUGAAGUUGGCUGGAAUCAGAAGUUGUCAUAGUCUUCUCUAUUGUAAUGUAUAAGAAAUAAAUAAAAAAAAAAAAAUGUAGGAUGAGACUUGAUUUUAAAAGCCCCUUUGGUAACACUGGUAACACUGAUUGUGUAUACCCCUCCAUGUUUACAAAGACAACACGGGGAGGUCAUUUCUGGUUAGUGUUGUCACAUAAUUUACAGGUAUUUUGAAAUGGAUGUGUGAAUGGUGCUUUACCGGUAAAAAAAAAAGGAACGUCGUUGCCUGUGUGAACAGUGCACUUUUUUUAAUUUACCAGUAAAGUCGUUCCGGUAAGUUUACAACAAUUUACUGGUUUAUUGUAUGAAAGGGGCUUUUAAAAUUUGUGUAACUGGAAUUGAUUGGAUCAUUGUCGUGUGCCAUUGCUGCAGUCUCAUGCGAGUGACAGGUUGACGCAGGCUUGUCUCAGUAAACACGUCAUCAGAAUAAAGAAUUGGUGUUUAUAUAUAUAUAUAUAUAUAUAUAUAUACAUUUUAUAUACAGAUUAUUGUUUAAUGAUUAUGAGAUGAGGACACUUGAAUUCUAGAAAAAUAACAAUGAAAAUUUUUUAAUAAAUACUGCAGUAUUCCAUUAAAAAUAAGACUUUAAUAAAUAAGAAUUGACUUUAAAAGAAAAUAUUAAAGAUGAUUGGCAUCAGUGAAUUUAUUCAAUUUGAGGUUAAAGUAACAUUAGAACAUAAUAUUAAAUGACAUUAAUGUUAAAAUUAAAAUAACAUUGAAGCAUAAAAUAUACUGUUUUGAUCCCCUCCCUCAGUCCUCUGCUCAGUUUUUAUUUAUUUAUUUUUUAGAUUGGUUUGGAUGCUUCCAAAAAACAAAAUAAUUUUACAUUCUGAUUUGGUAGUUGAUUAAAUAGUGACACCAACAUGUUUGCCAGAGCUGUUUGGUUGUUUUAGUUCAGUAUUUCCAUUUACUGUUAGGCUAAAUCAUCCAAAUGCAUAUUAAUCUUUCCAGUAUUAUGAUAAUUGAUUCAUUCUUUUUUGUUCAGUUUAACUGCAUAAAGCCUAAAGUCAAAAUAUUUUUUCGACAUUGUGCAAUUAGAAUUUUAUUUUGAAAGCAAUAAAGUGUCAUACUUGCAUGCAUGAAAGUGUCAUUGAAAAUAACAUUUGGUAUAACAUUUUGUAGACCCGUCUUCCUAAAACCCACUUUUUAAAAAUCGCUGGAAUUUUUGUAAAUGAUAUUUUGUGAAUCAGCCAAAUGGUGUGUUGCGGGUGGCUUCAUUUCAGUCAUUUAAGUGCUCAGAACAUAUGAAAACAUAUUGACAUUGCUGCUUUUUAAGCCGUUAAGAUGAGAAAUAAUGCUUUUCUGGAAACUUUAUCUUUUUACAGGUUACAAACAGCUCAAAUGUAUAUUAUAAAUAUUGUAUAUUUUCUUUUUCUCUGUUUGUUCAGCAUGUUUUGAUUGUGUGAAAAUAAAAUGUAGACUUAUUAUUUUUGAAAUAAUAUAAUGAUAUUUUUAAAAGCCUUUUGCUGUGAAGAGGCUAUUGAAUUAUACUGGUAUAAUUUGUUUACAAAUAGAGACUUUUAUAGUUAUUUUGCUCACCUACUGUAAAGUUCAAAUAAAAGUCGAGCAGUCAUUUUUAGACUAUUUGGAAGACAUUGUAAUGUUUAAAGUUAUUCAGGACGCCUCAGAUUGCGUGGAUCUUAUGUCUUCUAUUACAACAGUUGGUAAUUGACUUGACUUGAUAGUAUCUUUGAAAGUACAUUUUUGUUCUUGUCUAUUUUACUGGUACUGUUUUACUGGCAGACACUUUUCUGUUUCUGUGCCAUUUCAUAGGAAAGUACUUCUAAUGUAACAGUUAUGGAUUGAGUUUAUAUAGAAAAGAAAUUAGUAUGUUAUGUUUUUAUAUUUUAUAUACAGAUUAAAUUUUACCCUGUGAGUAUCUGGGCUGCUAUUUUUGUAAAUCAUUUUAAUAUCCCCACUUAAUAGAGGUUAAAUAAAGCCUUAUUUUCAUAUUUCUUUAUUUUAUAAGAUGCUAGAGUUGGGAGAUGAUGUUUUAUUCUAUGGUACUUUUUUUGGUCAAAGUAUUUGUCAAGCAGAAAAUGUACAUUUGCCAAAUAAAAUAUAUAAGUGAAAGAUU